GCUGAGGCGCAAAUACAGCUGAGCGCCGUCAGGCGGCACAUUGUCGUCAAAGGAGGCGGGAUGGUUUCCCGCUGCUUUUCCCGCUCAAACGCCGUUCCCGCCGUUUGAAGGAGGACCUGUGGCGGAUAGGAGAUGUCAAAGAAAAGAGGUUUGAGCGUUGAAGAGAAGAGAACUCGAAUGAUGGAAAUCUUUUUUGAAACAGAACAAAUUACAAAACAAACUGUUCUCUUCUCACUUUUUUGGUAUCAGAAAGAUGUAUUCCAAUUAAAGGAUAUUGAGAAAAUUGCUUCGAAAGAGAAAGGAAUAACAUCUAUGUCAGUGAAGGAUAUCUUACAGAGCUUAGUUGAUGAUGGUAUGGUAGACACUGAUAGGAUUGGAACGUCAAAUUAUUUUUGGGCCUUCCCAAGUAAAGCAUUGCACACAAGAAAAUGUAAACUGGAAGAACUGCAGAAUCAGUUCUCAGACUAUUGUCAGAAGAAAAAGGAUUUAGAAGAAAGCACCAAGCAAUCAAAAAUUGGGCGGCAAGAUACUGCAGAACGUGCAGCACUAAUAAAGGAACUUAGUGCCUUACAACAGAAGAAAGACCAUCUAAAGACAGAAGUAGAUAAAUAUAAAGAAUGUGAUCCAGAUAUUGUUGAAGAAAUCCGUCAAGCAAAUAAAAUAGCUAAGGAAGCAGCCAACAGAUGGACUGAUAAUAUAUUUGCUGUAAAAUCUUGGGCUAAACGGAAGUUUGGAUUUGAAGACAACAAAAUUGACAAAACAUUUGGUAUACCAGAAGAUUUUGACUAUAUUGAUUGAAAGUGUUUAAUAAAAAGGAUGCCAUAUAACUUAAUAUUGUUCAGGAUGCUUUUACUUUAAAUUGUAUUUCAUUCCUACCAUUACUUGUACUGAUGUUAAUAAAAUCU